AUGUCAGACUGGGAUUCUACCACAAUUAUUGGUCAAAAAGUCAGAGCUGGCGGCGGUGGCCCUAGACAACAAGUGGCGCGUUCUCAAGCACAAAUCAAUGCCGCUAGAAGAUCCGGAUUGGUGCUAUCUGUAGACAAGAAAUACGGCAGUUCCAACUCUAAGGGUAACAACGAGGGCCAAAGACUUACAAUGGUGGAUCGCGAGACGGAUAUUGUUCCUGUCAAGAAGCUGGACGUUAGUGUCGGCAAGGCGAUCGCACGCGCGCGUGGUGAAAAGAAACUCACUCAAAAGGAUCUUGCCACCAAGAUCAACGAGAAACCUACCGUCAUCAAUGAUUACGAGGCGGGCCGUGCCAUUCCUAACCAGCAGAUUCUAGCCAAACUCGAAAGAGCGCUAGGUGUCAAGCUGAGAGGUAAGAACAUCGGUGAGCCCCUAGGGGGCCCCAAGAAGAAGAACUGA